CAUUUUGCAUAAUCAUCAAAUUUAAAAUAGAAACAAAGGAAUCAGAGAUAUGGCAUCAGCUAAUCCGGUGAUCAAGGUUGUUGCUAUUAGUGGAUCACUCCGCAAAGCUUCCUUCAACUCGGGCCUCAUUCGUUCUGCAAUUGAGCUGAGCAAGGAGUCAGUGAAUGGUAUGCAAAUUGAGCAAAUAGACAUAUCCCAGCUGCCAUUGCUGAGCACUGAUCUUAUUGUCAAUGGAACUUAUCCACCAGUUGUUGAAGCUUUUCGCCAAAAACUUCUCAAAGCUGAUAGUUUUCUUUUCGCUUCUCCAGAGUUCAAUUACUCUCUUACCGCACCUUUGAAGAAUGCCAUUGACUGGGCAUCUUUAGCUCCAAACUGUUGGGGAGAUAAGGCAGCUGCUGUUGUAAGUGCUGCUGGAAGCUUUGGUGGUGGGAGAUCACAUUACCAUCUUCGCCAAAUUGGAGUUUAUCUCGACCUUCAUUUCAUAAACAAACCUGAGUUUUUCUUGAAUGCAUUCCAGCCUCCUGCAAAGUUUGAUGAUGAUGGAAACUUGGUUGAUGCUGAGGCCAAGCAGAGGUUAAAAGAAAUUCUUGUUGCCUUGCGUGACUUCACUCUGCGACUUCAGAAGUAGAGGAUCAAGAAAUAUAACAUAGAUUUCUGGCAUGCUAUGGUUUUGCAGAAUUAAAAUUUUUGUAAUGCAUUUUGUUUUCUUACAUUUGAUACUUAUCUUUGAUAAGCAAUGGAAUAAAUUUCAAUUCAGCUUAAA